GCCUAUGUGAAUGGCUUAUUUGAGGCUGAAACAAAGUGGAAAAACAGACAAAAAGAGUGGGAAGUGGGAGGAGACAGCAGUGGAUGCACAGGUGGGACACAGAUUGGAAAGAAGCAGUUGUUUCGGGAUAAACACAGAAGGGAAGUGAGGUGGAGCGCUGCUGGCUUCCAAGGCUCACAGCUAUUCAUGGACAGGUUUGACUGGUUUGCUCCACAAUACCUGAUUCCCCCGCUCUCACUCAUUUAAACCAGAGGAGGAAGGCAGCCAGAGUAAAAGAGUUCUCUGUAGUUCUCUCAUUUCAACAUUUGUCCUUGAGAGGAAAUUCAACAUGCCUGAGGAGGAUGGAGAAUAUUUCGGAAAGAAUGGCGAGCCAAGGAAGUAUGACCCAACCUUCAAGGGUCCAAUCCAGAACAGGGGCUGCACAGACAUUGUGUGUUGCAUCCUCUUCAUUAUUGCCAUACUGGGUUAUUUUGCAGUGGGAAUACUGGCCUGGUCCCAGGGCGACCCCAGGAAGGUGAUCUAUCCCACAGACAGCAGAGGGCAGUUCUGUGGGCAGGCUGGCACCCCACUCGAGAAGAAGCCACUGUUGUUCUACUUCAACAUCAUGAAGUGUGCCAGCCCCAUGGUGCUGCUGGAGUUCCAGUGUCCGACCACACAGAUGUGUGUGGAGAAGUGCCCUGAAAAGUUCAUGACAUUAAUCAAAGCCUACAGCAACAAAAAUGACUUUGACUACUACAAGCAAUUCUGCAAGGAUGGUGUGACUAAUACAAUGGGUGUACCAGAUAUCCUCAAAUAUGGUCUAUGUCCUGCCAUGCUGACCCCAAGCAAACCUUUCACUCGGAGGUGUUUCCCAGCUUUGGGUCAGAAAGGAGGGGUGAUAACAGUGGGAAAUAACUCCCAUUUUGAUGAUGGCAGUGGAAAAAUGAGAGAUGCCAAAGAUCUUAUGGAUGGAGUCAAGAAUGCCACUGUGGUUAUAGAAGCUCGUCAGGUGGUCAUGAAAAUCUUUGAGGAUUACACACAGUCCUGGUACUGGAUCCUCAUUGGAUUGGUUAUUGCUAUGCUCACCAGCCUGCUCUUCAUUGUCCUCCUGCGCUUCCUGGCGGGGAUCAUGGUCUGGGUUAUGAUUGUCUUGGUGAUACUGGUCAUAGGAUACGGUAUCGUCCACUGCUACAUGGAGUAUGCUGCACUGAAAGGAGAACCAGGUGCUGAUGUGACCCUACAGGAUCUGGGCUUCCAGACAGACUUCACAGUGUAUCUGCAGAUCAGACAGACUUGGCUCGCCUUCAUGAUUAUCCUGGCCAUUGUGGAGCUCAUCAUCAUCCUACUGCUCAUCUUUCUCAGGAAGAGGAUCCUCAUUGCCGUUGCUCUCAUCAAAGAAGCCAGCAGAGCCAUCGCGCAUGUGAUGUCUUCUCUUUUCUACCCACUGUUCACGUUCCUUCUCCUGGCCAUGGUUAUCGCCUACUGGGCAGUAACUGCUGUCUUCUUGUCUACCUCAAAUGAACCCAUCUACAAAGUUUUCAACGAGACGGCAUGUGAACACUCUAGACAAACUUGUGACCCAGCUAACUACACAACCAGUUCCAUGAAAAAGGAGUGCCCUGACUCUGAGUGCCUUUUUGCCUUCUAUGGUGGAGAGACCGUUUACCACAAAUACCUGAUCGGCCUGCAGUUCUACAACGUCUUCCUCUUCUUCUGGUGUGCCAACUUUGUCACGGCUCUGGGGCAGAUGACCCUGGCCGGGGCCUUCGCCUCGUACUACUGGGCCUUUGUCAAGCCAGAUGACAUGCCUGCCUUCCCAGUGUUUUCUGCCCUUGGGAGAUCUCUCAGGUAUCAUACAGGAACUCUGGCCUUUGGCUCCCUUAUCCUCGCAAUCAUUCAGAUCAUCAGGGUUUUGCUGGAGUAUCUGGACCACAAACUGAAAGGAGCCCAAAAUAAAUGUACCAAAUUCCUGCUGUGCUGUCUGAAGUGCUGCUUCUGGUGUCUGGAGAAAUUCAUCAAGUUCAUAAACAGAAAUGCCUACAUUAUGGUGGCGAUUUAUGGCAAAAACUUUUGCACCUCUGCCAGAGAUGCCUUCUUCCUCCUCAUGAGGAACAUGAUCAGGGUGGCUGUCUUGGACAAAGUGACAGAUUUCCUCUUGUUUUUGGGCAAACUGCUCAUUGUUGGGCUUGUGGGGAUUUUCGCUUUCUUCUUCUUCUCUGGGAAAGUGAAGGCCUUUGAGAAUACAGCUCCUCAUCUCCACUACUACUGGGUGCCCAUCCUGACGGUGGUGAUUGGGUCCUACCUCAUUGCCCAUGGAUUCUUCAGUGUGUACGCCAUGUGUGUGGACACUCUUUUCCUCUGUUUCUGUGAAGACUUGGAGCGCAAUGACGGUUCAGCAGCAAGGCCUUAUUACAUGUCCUCAACGCUCCAUGAGAUUCUGUGGAAGAACAAGGCUGAGGAUCUGCCUUCAUCUUCUGCUCAGCGACAGGACGAUGAAGACAUCCAGCUGAAACCAAAGCAGGCUGAGGAGGAGGACGCAACUUAGAGAAGAGGAGUUUUGUUGGCAAAGACACUGUUUGCGAGUGUCAUUAGUUUUUUAACUGUUCAAGUUAAAGACUAUGUUAAUGACUGUAGUAAGGAGCUGGUACUUUGCCGUUGCCCUCCGGGAAAUUCUGCUUCUCACUUAACCACUCAUGUCACAGACAGCUACCAGACACCAGGCCUUAAAGUAGCAGGGAUUCAGUGUUUUCUUUAUUCACAGACAAGUGAUGCAUAUUUCCUUUGACCUUUUUGGUCCUUCAACACAAGACAUGAGAAGUAUUAUGAUCAAUUUGUUUCCUUGAAGGUGCAAUGUGUAAGAUUUGGCCGGCUGUCUAAUUCAUAUUCCAAACAAAAGGGGGCAGCAUAUCACCAGACAUGUGAUAUGCUGCUAACUGUGGCUGCUGUUGGCGAGUAAGCUUGGUUUUUGACACUUGUGGCUGUUCAGACUGGGAGGUCAGAGCACCAGGACGAGUGGGAAUUUUUUAGUUUGUGUUUUGACCCCUUGAGCUUGUUGUAGUGGCUCAUUUUAACAACAGCAGAUCCGGUUCAUUAUGUGAAGUCAGAAGUUAUUAUUUAGUUUCUGAAGCAUAUCAGAUACUCUAUAUGCCUGUGAAUAUGAGCAGACGUGGCGUUUUAUGUUAAGUAUCUGAAUUGAAACGGAUCAUUUGUACAAAUACUCUCACCACGGUACCAGUUUUCAUUUGAAUUCCCAUUAUGUGUUAGCACUGAGCUAAUUGGCUCUCAAGAAUGAAAUAAUGCAUACUGUAAGGUGACAGACAUACUAAUAAUCACAUUUUUAUAGUAAACUAUACUAACAGGCCAAUUUCAUAUGUAGUCAGUGAGUUUUGGGGAGAAGUCUCACUCUGUCUUUCCUUCAAUAAAUAUGCGCUCGCGUACUGAAAUUUGGCACAGAUUGAUUUAACAUGAAGCACUACAUGGUGGCACUGACAGAAUUUGGUCGGUACCCUUAAAAGUACAGAGUUGGGUACCCAACCCUAAACAUUACAUGGUCAUGAUUUUCACAUUUUAAUUACAUAUUUAUAUAUACAAUUACAUAUUUAUAUAUACAUUUUUACCUUUUCAACAAAAAAAUCACACACAUUGCACCUUUAAUUGGCCAUUUGCUAAAUCCCCUCACAAAACAGCAAUUGUUUAGUCAUUGCUUAGCAACCAUAAUUAGGCAUGGCAGGCCUUUCAGCUUUGGACAUGCAGAAGCGGUGUGCAUGUGGCUCUAGUAAGAGACUGAAAGACGGUGUCUCUGUGUCAGCUUCCUGAGAUUAAAAGUGAGAGACCUGUUUAUGGAAUGGAUUAAACUGUUUGUUUGUUGCAUGUUCACCUUGACCCGCCCUCCUCUGCCUUUGAUUGGCUGCCAUAAUGUAACCAAUUAUUACUCAUCAUACAACCCAACCAACAAGCGCAACAAGCACAAGCCAAUCAGAGGCAGAAUAAGGCUGGUCUAAAACAAUUGGCAUAUAGUACUAACCAAUAGUAAAUUCAAACAAAGGGGCAUGUUGGCACAUUCACUGUAGUAUUACCCAAUGAUGUGGAAGCUUUUAUCAUAUAACAGAGUGUAGGCUAACUUAGGGACUCUAUCUUGCUCUUUGUGGGAUUUCGGAAAGUUUACACAGAAGCCCAAACUCAUUACAGUGUCAACUGCAAAUGUGUUGUGCGAGAACUUUAUUGGCAUAGCAAAAGUAACGAGGCAGAUUAGUAAAUGGACAAUUGAACACUGCGAAUGUCUCGAAGGAUAACUGCAUUAAAAUGUGUGUAUUAUAUGGGUGCAUAUUUGCAACCUUAUUUAGAUGAUGACACGGCCUUUCAGUGGUUGAUUCAUUUCAGUUAGUUGAAGAAAAAUUAUGUUAACAUCAGCUCCUUCCUCACUUUUAACAUCAUGGUGCUUGACAUGUCUAGUUUGGUUUAAUUUGUAUAAAUGGCUUCUUCUGAGGAAAGCUGACAUCUCUCAUCUCUGUCUUAGCCUAUUAAUACUUCCUCCCACUGCCACUGGCCAGUAGAAACUUGAAGCCGUUCAUGUGCCUCAUUUACAGUGUUAAUCGAUCUGUUUGCACCUAAAAUUUUGACCUUGUUGUUUACAGUUAAUGCAAUCAGAAUCAUCAGUGCUACUUAGUAUGUUGCACUAUCAAUGCACUUUUAUUUCUGUUAACACUAAGCCAUUGCAGGUUUUUUUUAAUCUGUAUAAAUGAAUACUGGCAAUUUUCUUGAGGCCAGCUGCUUUUUAUUGUGUUGGAAGUUUUUACUGUAAAACAAGCAGUUGUAGUUUUGCAUUCUCUUUACAAAGGAAUGUAUGCUUGGCAGUAGAGUUUGUUAAAUAAAUGAUAUUUGAGCUGACAAAGUCUCCACUAUAUACACUUAAGGAAUUUAUGGUCUUGAAAUGGAUGCAUGUUGUUGGUGAUUGAACUGUUGAUUAAACAAAACUAAAUUGUAUUUCUGUGGAACUGGAAGCAAGCUGAUUUAACUUUGUCU